AUGCUCAGGGACGUCUACAAGCGCAUGAUCGCAGACUUCCGGGACGUCCCCGCCCUGGAGAAGAACUUCUACUACGAGCACCCCGACGUGACGGCGCGCAGCGACGGCGAGGUGGAGCGUUACCGCGCGGAGCGCGACAUCCACGUCGGCGGCGAGGGCGUGCCCAAGCCUGUGACCACCUUCGAGGAGGCCUCCUUCCCCGAGUACGUGUUGCACGAGGUGGCCAAGGCCGGGUUCAAGGAGCCCACCCCCAUCCAGGCCCAGGGCUGGCCCAUGGCGCUGCUGGGCCGCGACCUGAUUGGCAUCGCGGAGACGGGGUCGGGCAAGACCCUGGCCUACCUGCUCCCCGCGGUGGUGCACAUCAACGCGCAGCCCCACCUGUCCCCCGGCGACGGCCCCAUUGUGCUGGCACUGGCGCCCACGCGCGAGCUGGCGGUGCAGAUCCAGAGCGAGUGCCUCAAGUUCGGCAGCUCCUCGCGCAUCAAGAGCACCUGCGUGUACGGCGGUGCGCCCAAGGGCCCGCAGGGCAACGACCUGCGGCGCGGGGUGGAGAUCGUGAUUGCCACCCCCGGCCGCCUCAUCGACUUCUUGGAGGGGCGGACCACCAACCUGCGCCGCGUGACCUACCUGGUGCUGGACGAGGCGGACCGCAUGCUGGACAUGGGGUUCGAGCCCCAGAUCAGGAAGAUUCUCGGCCAGAUCCGGCCCGACCGCCAGACCCUGCUCUGGUCCGCCACCUGGCCCAAGGAGAUCCAGGCCCUGGCCUCCGAGUUCCUGACCAAGCCCUACCAGGUGACCAUUGGGUCCAGCGACCUCAAGGCCAACCACAAGAUCGAGCAGGCCUUCGACUUCGUGUCGGAGCACGAGAAGUUGCCGCGCCUGCUGCGCCUGCUGGAGCGCGAAAUGGACGGCCGCCGCGUCAUCGUCUUCUGCGAGACCAAGCGCGGCUGCGACGCGGUCACGCGCCAGCUGCGCCAGGACGGGUUCCCCGCCCUCUCCAUCCACGGAGACAAGACGCAGCAGGAGCGCGACUGGGUGCUUGCCGAGUUCAAGAACGGCAAGCACCCCAUCAUGCUCGCCACCGACGUUGCGGCGCGAGGCCUGGACGUCAAGGACAUCAAGCUGGUGGUGAACUACGACAUGCCCGGCAGCGCGGAGGACUACUUGGUGGCCAUGGCCGUCGAGGAGUACGUCCCGCGCAGCAUCCUCAUCACCGGCGGAGCUGGGUUUAUUGCCAGUCAUGUCACCAUCAAGCUCGUAAAGCGCUACCCUCAUGUCAAGGUGGUUGUCCUGGACAAGCUCGACUACUGCGCGACGCUGGAGAACUUGAAGUCCAUCCGGGACUGCCCCAACUUCAAGUUCGUGAAGGGAGAGAUCCAGUCCACGGACCUGAUCGUGCACAUUCUGGAGACCGAGGAGAUCGACACCGUCAUGCACUUUGCCGCCCAGACCCAUGUGGACAACUCCUUCGGGAACAGCCUGGCGUUCACCAUGAACAACACCUAUGGCACCCAUGUCCUGCUCGAGUCCGCCCGCCUGUACGGCAAGAUCCGCCGCUUCCUCAACGUCUCUACCGAUGAGGUCUACGGCGAGACCUCGCUGGGGAAGGCCGAGGGCCUGAGCGAGGCCUCUGCCCUGGAGCCCACCAACCCCUACUCGGCGGCCAAGGCCGGUGCCGAGAUGAUGGCGCGCGCUUACCACACCUCUUACAAGCUCCCCGUCAUCGUCACUCGGGGAAACAACGUGUACGGGCCUCAUCAGUUCCCGGAGAAGAUGAUCCCCAAGUUCAUUCUGAGGGCUCAGCGUGGCGAGAAACUGCCCAUCCACGGCGACGGCAUGUCGGUGCGGUCCUACCUGUACGUGGAGGACGUCGCGGAGGCCUACAUCAUCGUCAUGCUGAAGGGCACGGUCGGCGAGACGUACAACAUUGGCACGCAGAAGGAGCGCACCGUCGUGGAUGUGGCAACCGACAUCGCCAAGCACUUUGGCUUGCCCGCCAACUCCAUCGUUCAUGUCCGCGACCGCGCCUUCAACGACCGCCGCUACUUCAUCUGCGACAAGAAGCUGCUGGACUUGGGCUGGAGCGAGACGGUGGACUGGAAGGAGGGCCUGAAGCGCACCAUCGACUGGUUCCUGGAGCACGGGCAGCCGGAGUACUGGUCCAACGGCAACAUGGAGGCGGCGCUGGAGGCGCACCCCACCCUGCAGCACUCCACCGCCGUUCCCGUCCGCAUCCACUGA